AUGGCGGCGGAGCGGAGCCGCUCGCCCAUUGAGGGCUUCCCGGUACCGGCCUGUAUGUUCGCGCCGGAGCCCAGCUCCCCCGGCGGGGCGGCCCAGGCGACAGCCUCCGCUCGACCCCACCGCGCCGCCUUCGGCUCGGACUGCAGCGAGGACGGGGAGGUGCUCAACGGGGAGCCCGAGCUCGACCUCACCAGCAAGUUGGUGAUGGUGAGUCCGACAUCGGAACAGUAUGACAGUCUGCUCCAGCAGAUGUGGGAGAGAAUGGAUGAGGGAUGUGGGGAGACCAUCUAUGUAAUUGGACAAGGAUCAGAUGGGACUGAAUAUGGUCUGAGUGAGGCAGAUAUGGAAGCAUCCUAUGCCACAGUGAAGAGCAUGGCAGAGCAGCUCGAGGCAGAUGUGAUACUUCUGCGGGAGCACCAGGAGGCAGGGGGCAAGGUGCGCGACUACCUUGUUCGGAAACGUGUGGGUGACAACGACUUCCUGGAGGUCAGGGUAGCAGUGGUGGGCAAUGUGGAUGCAGGAAAGAGCACAUUGCUGGGUGUCCUGACGCAUGGUGAGCUGGACAAUGGCCGGGGCUUUGCACGGCAAAAGCUCUUCCGCCACAAGCAUGAGAUCGAGUCGGGUCGUACCAGCAGUGUGGGCAAUGACAUCUUGGGCUUUGACAGUGAGGGCAAUGUGGUGAACAAGCCUGACAGCCAUGGUGGCAGCCUGGAGUGGACCAAAAUCUGUGAGAAAUCCACCAAGGUCAUCACUUUCAUUGACUUGGCUGGGCAUGAGAAGUACCUGAAGACCACAGUCUUUGGCAUGACUGGUCACCUACCAGAUUUCUGCAUGCUUAUGGUUGGCAGCAAUGCUGGGAUUGUUGGGAUGACCAAGGAGCACCUGGGCCUAGCGCUGGCACUCAAUGUUCCAGUCUUUGUCGUGGUGACAAAAAUCGACAUGUGUCCUGCCAACAUCCUGCAAGAAACUCUGAAGCUGUUACAGCGACUUCUGAAGUCCCCAGGGUGCAGGAAGAUCCCGGUGCUGGUUCAGAGCAAAGAUGAUGUCAUUGUAACAGCCUCCAACUUCAGCUCAGAGAGGAUGUGCCCAAUUUUCCAGAUUUCCAAUGUCACUGGUGAGAAUCUGGAGUUGCUUAAGAUGUUUCUCAAUCUCCUGUCUCCCCGAACAAGUUACAGGGAGGAAGAGCCAGCAGAAUUUCAGAUAGACGACACUUACUCUGUACCGGGUGUGGGAACAGUUGUGUCUGGGACAACCUUGAGAGGCCUGAUCAAGCUAAAUGACACUUUGCUUCUGGGUCCAGACCCCUUGGGCAACUUCCUGACCAUUGCUGUCAAGUCCAUCCACCGCAAACGCAUGCCUGUGAAGGAGGUGCGUGGUGGCCAGACUGCCUCCUUUGCUCUGAAAAAGAUCAAGCGUUCCUCCAUCCGGAAAGGCAUGGUGAUGGUGUCCUGCCGGUUGAAUCCACAAGCAUCCUGGGAAUUUGAAGCAGAGAUUCUGGUGCUGCAUCAUCCCACCACCAUCAGCCCACGCUAUCAGGCCAUGGUGCAUUGUGGCAGUAUCCGCCAGACAGCCACUAUCCUCAGCAUGGACAAGGACUGCCUACGGACAGGGGACAAAGCUACAGUGCACUUCCGCUUCAUCAAGACCCCUGAAUACUUGCAUAUAGACCAGCGGCUGGUCUUUCGUGAGGGCCGUACCAAAGCAGUGGGUACUAUCACCAAGUUACUCCAGACCACCAACAACUCUCCAAUGAACUCCAAGCCCCAGCAGAUCAAGAUGCAGUCAACAAAAAAGGGACCCCUUACGAAACGAGAGGAUGGUGUGCCCCAGAGUGGGACAGCAGCUGGGGGGGCCCUGGUGGGGGAUGAUGCCACCUCAUCAGGAGCAACACCAGCAGUACCUUCUAGUGCCCUGCAAGCACAGUCGAAGGUUGGAGGAGGGGGUCGGCGACGUGGGGGCCAACGCCAUAAAGUGAAGUCUCAGGGGGCUUGUGUGACUCCCGCCAGUGGCUGCUGAAUAUCUUUUUUCCCCCCACCCUCUGAGGAAUUAUCCCCCUCCCUCCAUUUCUUAGCCAAGACGUCCAGAGCAGCUUAAACCAAAACCCAUCCAGCUGAUCUGCUGCAGAAGAACCUUCCCUCCCAAGGAAUGACAGAGGGGUUGUAACUUAUAAUAAGCUAAUGAAGGUGACAAGACUCGUGGAACUGAUCGACUGACACCUUCCUACUCCCUCUACCCCAACACACUUUUGUACAACCUGGGCUCUUAGUCUUUAUUAUAUUAUGUGUGCAUGAAGAUGAGAGGAAAAUCCAGAUAUAUUGGAGAAGAGCCAUUUGGCUGCUUCCCUUUCCCCAUCUGGUCCUGACUGUUUAACCUUCUACACUGUCCCCAGUCCAUUGGCAUUAGAAGACCUGAAAUUCCAGGGUUAAAAUGUGCUGAAUGGUGGGUGGUUAUAGGGGGCAGCAAUUCCUCACUCUCCGGAAAGGUGCCAAAUGAGUUCUGGACUCUCCCUGUCUUAAACUGUUUUUAAAUGGGUUAAUUUUAAUGUGGCAGUGACUGCAAUUUGGAGGGGGAUGCAGAAAACUGAACAGAUGGACCUUAAAGAGGAAGGUGAAUUCAAGAGAGAUCCUUGACCUUAAGUAGGUAUGUUUAAUUUUUUUUUCUUAAUACUUCUCCCUCUCCUCCCUAAAUAUAAGGCCAAUAGCUGUUACAACUUUAAUCAGAGGUGGAAUUAAGUACAGAGGUUACUUGCCCAUCUCAUCCUCCUUCCUCUUCUAACCUCUGUUCAAUGCAUGCUGGAACAACUCUUACUCACCCCUCAAGGUCCUGGCGGCAGAGUGACAUAGUGAGAAUGUUUCCAGACUGCUCUGUGGUGCAGGAACACUGUGUAGCCUGCGACCAGCAUAAGUCUCCCCUGUGACUAGACAGUGAUCACAAGUGGGAUAGCCUUUUUGGGCCUGGAGACUGAAAACAAAUGCCACCCUCAUUUGACUUUGCCUGCUCCAAGUGCUCCCUUCUCUCCUGGAACUCGCAGGCCAAGCUUUGCCAUGGCAGUGGUAACAGUGGUCAGUCCCACUCUUUGCAGAAGGGGGAAGUGAUUAGUUGAUACCAACCUUAGGGAAGCACUUUCAGCCUGGGAAGCCCAUGGAGAUUUUAUCUCUAUUUAAAAAAAAAAAAAAAAAAAAAAAGUUCUAGCUUCUUGGGUAGGCCCUCCAGGACACUCCUUCUGAAGUGACUUAUUUUAUGAGUAUCAUGUCCUUUUACCUCAGGCUUUGUAGCUGGUCACCUCCCAACUUGUUCUUCUCUCCUCUCCCAUCCCUUCCUCUUCAAAAGAUGAGCUCCCCUAGAGGAUAAUGCUUAUCCUCCACUGACUAGUGGGAUGCUUAAUAUCUUGAGGGAGAGGCAGAGCUAUCCCUUUCUACUCAGAAUGAAGUGAGUCACUGUUCAUUGUUUCAGAGAGCCUCCACCUUGGGAAGCUGUUAACUAGAGAGACAAAGCCUAAAGCCAUCUUUGAGGGCAAACCGAAUGGAAGUGGGGAGAUAGAGCAUGGUCCUUCCUGAGCCAGUUGCUUAACUGCCAGAGCUCUCUGGGGAGAAAUCAUAAGUAGCUACACUAUUAAUGGCACCCCAAUUGUGAAGGAGUGUGAAGUGUUGCUAGCAAAAUAUGGAGGCCUGUUUCAUUCAUGCCCAGGCCCUCUAGUAGCAUUAAAACUGCAUCUGAUUUCACUGCUCUUCAGGGAGGCAGAGAACUCUAGGCGCUCUUCAUUCCUGAGCCUGUUUUCCUCUUUCUUCAUUCCUUGUGCUCCAACUGAAAGAGGGAAGCCUAGGGCCUGAAGAGGAUUUACAUAAUUUCAUGCUAAGGAGGUGGUGAUACCUCCUUUUUGUUGUGACCAGCAUACAAAGAUCACUGAGACUGGUGUGAUGUAUAAAAUAAAAAGUUUGUUC